GAUGUGGAUGAGGAUGAGGAUGAGGAUGAGGAUGAGGAUGAGGGUGAGGAUGUGGAUGUGGAUGUGGAUGAGGAUGAGGAUGAGGAUGUGGAUGAGGAUGAGGGUGAGGAUGUGGAGGAGGAGGAGGAUGGUUUGGCAGCUUUUGUGGCCACAGGAACCAAUCUAUCUCUCCAGUUUUUUCCGGCCAGCUGGCAGGGGGAGCAGCGACAGACACCGACCCGGGAAUAUGUCGACUUUGAAAGAGAAGGAGGCAAGGUGUACUUGAAGGCACCUAUGAUUCUCAAUGGUGUCUGUGUAAUCUGGAAAGGCUGGAUAGACCUACAGAGACUGGAUGGUAUGGGCUGCCUGGAAUUUGAUGAAGAGAGAGCACAGCAGGAGGAUGCAUUGGCACAACAAGCCUUUGAAGAAGCUCGGCGAAGAACUCGUGAGUUCGAGGAUAGAGACAGGUCUCAUCGGGAGGAAAUGGAGGCAAGAAGACAGCAAGACCCUAGCCCUGGCUCUACCCUGGGAAGUGGUGAUGACCUCAAGCUGCGUUAAGGAAGAGCAGCAGGCACACCACGGGGCUGCUCACCUGCAUUGCUUCUACCUGGCAAAGGAUUGAAUCCAAGACCAGAAACUGUGAUACCUGGGAUUACUAUGGUCUGUUUCCUGACCUGCGGCAGGCAAAAUCACCAGGAGCUGCCAUGGUUUGCACUAUGUUUAUGUUACAAUACCUGCAUUUCCCAUUUGAAGCAUGUAGCCAGUGGCAAUUGGAAAAUUUUGGGUUUCUAUGCAAACUUGUUUUGUUUUUUUUUGUUGGCACUAUUUUAGUGAAAUGGAAACUUAUGCAGCUAUAAAACCAUUUUUCUCAACUGUAAUAAAAAUUGUCAGUCAAGAAUAGGUCAAAAUAUUACAGAUU